AUGGAGCAAUUUGAAAGUGAACCGUUUGUAGUUGUUGGCGUAAAAAUAAAGCCUGGCCCUUUGGAACGUUAUAAAUUAGAAAAUUUUGGGCUCGACAACACAGUGAAUAACUUGAAAGCAGAGGCUGGAAAAAAAAUAAAUGAACCAUCUUCUUCUUUAGAAGCAAUACAUCAUGGAAAAAUUCUUCGGGAUAAUGUUACAUUGCAAGAUAGUGGGGUGAAAAUUGGUGAAAUGAUUCACGUGGUGAAGAAAAAAGUCGCCGCUGCCCCUCCACCAGCUGUUGCCUUUCCCGAUUCAGAAUUGCAGCAGCUCAAUACAUCAUUAAGAACUCUUGGUUGCACACCAAAUGCACCGGGUUGGACUCGAGCUAUGCAGCUCUUAAAUGAUGAGGCUACUCUGUCUGAGGUUAUUGAUCAGUCACCAUCGUUAAGCGAGGAUUGUGUUGCUCUCUCUAUCCUACAUGAGGUAGAGUUACUCGCUGCUUUGGGUGCCAAUGUUCAGACAAUGAGACGGGGUGCGGAUGCACAUCCUGACUUGCCAGCGGCCCUGCGCCACCUGACUAGGCUAGUGCGCUCUCGUAAUACAUCCUCUAAUGAUAAUGUGCCCACUUCAGGCUUUGCAUAUUCUCUUGAGGCUCUCUCUGAAGAUGAAGAUGUUGAAGAAGAAGAAACAGAAGAGGGUGGUGAGAGGAGUGCCAUAACACAGGAACAUCUAGCAGCUGCCCUACAGGCUGCAACUGAGGCAGUAUUCUCCCCAACCAACCGAAGUGGAGGCAGCCAAGAUAGCCUGUUGCGUCUGCUGCAAGCGGCUGGUGACAGGGGUACAUCAAGGCCAUCAAAUUCUACAGAAUCAAGCACUCCUACUUCUUCUGGCCCCAGCCGCGCAGUUAUAACAACCGAAAUGUUUAGCGAGGCCAUAUCGGAGGCAAUUAAUAGAGCCGGUAACCGUAAUGCUGGCACACCCAUGGAUCAGAGCAACGCAGCAUCGUCAUCACAAAGCCCAGUAGGGUCGAGGGAUGAAAAUUUCUUUACUCAAUUAAAUCACAUGCAUGAGAUGGGACUUUUGGAUGAUGCUCUCAAUGUUCGUGCUCUUCUUAUAUGUUCAGGUGAUGUGAAUGCAGCUAUAAACUUGGUAUUCAGUGGAGCAAUUGGUGAUGAU